AUGCUGCUGGCUGUUGGUAUUGGUCCAUUGAUUCACACAUUCACCUUUUCCAUACAGGUUCGUGAUGUUACACAUGAGAACACAGUCAGGUUUGUUGGUGCUUGUGUUGACACAAAUAACAUCCUCAUACUGACAGAAUACUGUCCCAAAGGCAGUCUAAAGGAUGUGCUUGAGAAUGGAGAACUAGAUUUAGACUGGAAUUUUCGGAUGUCACUCAUACAUGACAUUGUGAAGGGUAUGGCAUAUUUACACAGUUGUGAGCUUGGGGUACAUGGUAAACUUCGUUCAGGAAACUGCCUCAUUGAUGGACGAUUCGUGUUAAAGAUAACAGACUUUGGAUUACGCUCCCUAACUACUCCAGCAGAAGUAAUAAAGGAUCAUAAUUAUUUCACUAAACUCCUCUGGAUUGCACCUGAGCUUCUGCCACAAACUACUGUGCCUGGAAACCCUGCAACACAAAAGGGAGAUGUCUACAGUUUUGGAAUCAUACUGGAAGAAAUAAUCCUCAGAGCUGGCCCUUUUGAAGCUGCUAAACAAUUUCUCACACCACCUGAGAUUGUGAGUCGAGUGGCGGCUAGAGAGGUCCCACCAUUUCGUCCAGAUGUUGGUGAGCAGGAUUGUCCAUCAGAACUAUUGGAUCUGAUGCAUCAGUCAUGGUCUGACAAUCCAGAUGACAGACCUACAUUCCAGUCUAUACGACAAGUAAUCCGCUCAAUUCGCAAAGGCUACUGUGAAAACUUAAUGGAUGAUCUGCUUCGCCGCAUGGAGCAAUAUGCAAACAAUUUGGAAGCACUUGUUGAAGAGAAAACAGAGCAACUCAGUCAAGAAAAGAAACGUUCUGAGGAACUUUUGUACCAAGUACUACCAAGACCUGUAGCAGAACAGCUCAUGGCUGGAGAAGUCGUGCAGCCAGAACAGUUUGAAACUGUUACAAUUUAUUUCAGUGAUAUUGUUGGUUUCACUGGCCUCUGUGCUCAAAGUACACCAAUGGAGGUUGUCGAUUUUCUGAAUGAUCUUUACAGUACAUUUGACAGAAUUAUUGGGUUUUAUGAUGUUUACAAGGUGGAGACAAUUGGUGAUGCCUACAUGGUUGUAUCUGGUUUGCCUAAGAGGAAUGGAGAUGAUCAUGCAAAGGAAAUUGGAUUAAUGGCUAUUGCUAUCCUAGAUGCAGUGAAGUCUUUCACGAUAAAGCAUCGUCCAGACACACAGCUCAAAAUUCGGAUUGGUAUACAUUCAGGACCAGUGUGCGCAGGUGUAGUGGGUCAGAAAAUGCCACAUUACUGUCUCUUUGGUGACACAGUAAAUACAGCCUCUAGGAUGGAAUCAGGUGGAGAACCACUUCGAAUCCAUGUGAGCAGCUCAACAAAAGAGAUCCUGGAGAAAUUUGGCACAUUCAAGCUGGAGCUCAGGGGUGAAGUAGAACUAAAAGGAAAAGGUCGACUAACAACCUACUGGCUGCUUGGCUGUUCCGAACCAGAUAACAGGCCCACAACACCUCGUUCACCUGAAGCUCCUGUUAUUGACAUCAGCUAUCCCUUGUUGUUCCAGAACAAUAACAGUCUGGUAAUCAUUAGCCAUUUUGAUGUAUAUUGA